AUGGAAAAGCCGGUGCGCAAACGGCGGCGACCGGCAGUAGCAUGCAUCGAAUGUCGACGGCGCAAAAUCAAGUGCGACCGUACGCUUCCUUGUAGAUCGUGUGUGAUCGGAUCUUCACCGUGUGUCUACGAUGGCUUCUCGACUAUCGCAAACGCGUCUACUCCGCCAAGCUCUGGAUGGGCCGAUCCUGGUGUGCUGUAUGAUGGCGGCUCCGAGGUGCCCGAAUAUACUCAAAUCCGCAGUGAAUUCUUGACCUCUGGAGCUCGAGCUGAUCACAACUCAUCCGCUUCUGCCGACGGCUUCACUUCGAGCUUACCGCAUGCUCCAUAUAUCGCCACUCUGACCGUCUACUUUCGCUCGGACGAAACAUAUAACGCCGAAUCAUUGGAAGUAUGCGAUAUUAAAGGUAGCGAGAGGACGAGCCAGGAUCUUAAAGCGCUUUUCCUGCACGAUACUAAUGAGAUGCAGACAUCCUCUUUCACUGCGAGUUUAAGUGUGCUGGAGGGUGACCCUCAACUUUCUGAAUUAUUGAACAAAUGCCGCGAGCUCUCUGGAAAUAUCAAAUUGCGAAGGUCUGUGCAGAGAAGAAGCGGCGCUGGGAUUCCUGCCAGAAUCACAUGCGAUAGGCUGGUUAAACUAUUCUUCGACACGUUCGGUUCAGUCUUCAGGGUUCUACAUGAGCCUACCUUUCAAAGCGAGUAUGAGUCGUACUGGAACGAUUCUAAUUUUAAGAAGAAAACAUUCCAUCAGAAGUUGCUACUGGUUCUGGCCAUUGGGACUUGCUUCUAUUAUGAUGACGAGAAGCAAGACUGCUCUCUACGCUCGCUCGCGUCUGCUUGGAUCUUCCAGGCCCAGCAGUGGCUCGUGUCAGUCUUCGAAAUGGGCGAACCAGACAUGGACAUGAUCCAGAUCUCGUGCCUUCUUUUGCUCGCUCGCCAAGUGGACAGGUCAGGAAGCGAGCUUGUCUGGAUCUCUGCUGAUUUGCCAUUGAGGAUUGCUAUCAGUGAAGGGUAUCAUUUGGAGCCUAGCAAGCAUUUUCCUGCGAUAGCCCCAUUUGAGGCAGAAAUGCGACGAAGAUUAUGGGCCACAAUCCUCGAGCUCUCUCUUCAAUCUAGCCUUGACGCAGGCAUGCUUCCGCCUGUCUCAAGUAAUGCUUGGGACUGCCAUGCACCAUCCAAUGUGGACGAUUGUGACAUGCGCGAAGUUAUGGACGAUUCCAUUUCAGCUCAAGCAUCUCAGCGAUUCACGCAAAGCUCCACACAGAUCAUGCUUUUGGAUACUUUGCGCGUGAGACUCAACAUUCUUCACUCCCUCACGACUCCAGGCAAAAUAAUGGACCACCAAGAAGCGAUAAUGCUGGACUCCGAGCUUGAGGAGAAAGUUCUUUCGCACCUAGUACUGAUAAGAUCUGCUUUGAAAAUUUCGUCUCCAGCUGACGCGAGUCGAAUCGGAUUCCAGUCACGACUAAUAGACAGCCUCAAUCGACGGUUUCUGCUUGCGCUGCAUAGUCCGUUCUCUUCACUUUCCGGGACUGGUACAGUGUGGACUUUGUCGCGACACAAAGUGAUCGAAUCCUCUCUUCGGAUACUCGCGUGUCCACAUGCAACAAACAAAUCUUCUCCUUUGCCGCCGGAAUUCGAUCAUCUCGAGCGAUUGCGGAUUUUUGGAGGCGGUAUGUUUAAGAACACUACAGUGCAUGCGCUGGCUUUAUUGUAUUCUGAGCUCGAGGGAAGACAUGACGAACAAUUUACCCAAGGUUCGAACAGCCUGCCUCGCUCUCAAGCCCUCUUGAUGAUCCAGGCACAUAUGGAGAUAAUGCGUCGUCAGAAAGCCGCUGGAGACACAGAUACCGAAACAUACACGAGGUUCCUCUGUGGAUUCGCACAGAUCCGAGCGCUCGACUCUUCAUCAGAUCACUUGCGAGAGGUGACUCGACAGUGUCUAGAAUUAUGUCAUACAGUUCUCGAUACCGAGCUCAAUGCGACAAGCGAUGUCGAUAAUCUUCAAGGUUGA